AUGGGGGAAAAUGUUGAACUACAACUGGUGGAAAAACUAAAGACACUGCAAAUGGACAAAUCAACAUUGAGAGACAGUGAAGCGGUACUGAAAGCUCAUCUAAUGUUAGUUGGUUUGGAUGAUAUUUCAAAUAUGCAUUAUGAAGAAGAACUUGCAAAAACGCGAAACGGUGAGUCAGUUAAAAGUUUAUUCAAAAUUAAAGUAGCGAUGGCUUGGCUAAGUGAAGAAAUAAAAGUCAAAUAUCCCAAAACCAGUAAAUAUGGAGAUCUGAAUGAGAGUACAAAAGGGCAACAUUUGGGAACAAACAUAGGAGUAAUCGUUAAGGAUAUUAAGGUCAGGAUCUACAAUUUUAAGCAGAUCAGCUUGACCAUUUUGAUGGAACAUCAGGUUAAUCUCGGAACUGUCGAAAUUGUUAUUUGUUGUCGACAUGUUUGA